UGUAUCAGCUCACAUCACUACUAUUAUCACACGAGAGCGCACAUCCCUUCAUGCGCGCAGGUUCUCGCCGUGGCGCGCGUUUUUCUUCUCCUGGUGAGCGCGCACACAAGUCUGUGGGCUCGUUCGUGUGCGCAGCUACAGCCGAGAGGGGUGAUGCACGUGAAGAGGGACUCUUAAGUUGUUGUAGUCGGGGUAUCGCUUCACGAAGAGGCGCAUCUCUCCAGUUGGACGCACGGGCGCACGGGGGGAGAAACAAAACACCCAGCGGAAGGAUGCUGAGCCGAGCGGAUCCAGGAGCUGCAGCCUCACCUCGUCAGCGCAACACCGCGGCUCCGUCCUCCUGUAACUUUUAACGCGCUGAAGUUGAUUCCAGCUCUCUGUCGCUCUCUGCUCGCCUCUGCCAUGGAUGCUUCGUCGGCCCGCGGUGCGCUCUUUCUGUGCGCCUUCCUCCAGCUGUUCUCCCUGCCCGGCGGACAGGUGCCAAACUGCCAGGAGGUGCGCACCGUGUUCCAGUCCCUGCACCCGGGCUCCAAAUGGGUCCCCGAAACCCCAGUGUCAGGUUCGGAUCUGCAGGUUUGCCAAACAAAAGGCCCGACCUGCUGUUCCAAGAAGAUGGAGGAGCGGUAUCAGGUAGCCGCACGCAGCAACAUGGAGUCUGGUCUGCAGGUGGUCAGCGCUCAACUCAAACGCCUCAUCAUCCAGAAUGCUGCCAUUUUCCAAGAGGCCUUUGACCUGGUGCUGCGUCAUGGACGCAACUCCACCCUGGCUAUGCUGAAGUCGGAGUUCCCAGGGCUCGGAGGUGUGGCCCAGAGCUCGGUCGGGCAGCUCUUCCUCGACAUGGCGCUUUACAUCCUUGGCUCAGAUUCCACAGUGGACCACAUGGUGGCGGUGCUCUAUGACCGCCUCUUCCCCCUUGCAUACCGCCGCCUUCUGGGAGGCAGUGUGUCCUCUGCGUCUGAGGACUGUAUAAGAGGAGCCUGGAAGGACUCAGCAGCAUUUGGCCCUUAUCCCAAAUUGAUGAUGACCCGUCUGUCCCGUUCCCUCCUGGCCACACGGGUCUUCCUGCAGGCACUGAACUUGGGCAUUGAGGUUGUCAACACGACGGACCACCUGCGGCCCAGCCGGGACUGUAGCCGGGCCCUGCUGAGGCUGUGGUACUGCCCGCACUGCCAGGGCAUGCUGGGGCCGCCAGCCUGCAGAGGCUUCUGUCAGGCAGUGAUGCACGGCUGCCUGGGGGGAGCGGCCGAGGUGCAACCUCAUUGGAGGACCUACGUAGACGGACUGGGGAAGCUGGCUGGUUCCAUGAGGGGAGAGCAGGACAUGGAAGCUGUUGUUCUUAGACUGCCCUCAAUGAUCAAACUGGCUCUCAAGCACGCUGUGAACGCACGCAGCCGCCUCACUGCCCUGGUGAAUGGGAUGUGCGCACACACUCCUCAGCGGGCCUCUCGUUCGGUCGGGGCCCCUCCUCCUCAGCCUCCAGCAGCCUCUGCAGCCCGCAGUGUACAGACCUCACCCUCAGGCGACUCUGAUGAGACUUUGGCUGGCCUCCGCAGGGAGUUCAUAUCCGACCUGAGGGGCUUCAGCUCCUUCUACAGUGGUCUUGGGGAGGCGUUGUGCAGCCGAGAGCCUGCUCCAGCGAACCACUCCCUCUGCUGGAACGGGCAGGAGAUGACAGACAGGUUUCCCGGGCCCAGCCUGAAGCGAGUGCACCCAGGCUCUGAGUCCAAGAGCAACAAGCCCCCCGAGCCAAUCAUCAGCCAGAUCAUAGACAAACUCAAACACAUCAACCAGUUGCUGCGGCUUGUGACGGUAUCUGAGAAACGCUGGAGAGCCCGGUCCCGUGGUGGCGGAGUGGACGGGUGGAGUGAUGAUGGGGAUGAGGGAUUCCAGAGCGGUGACUGUGACGAUGAAGACGAAUGCACUGGAGUGUCAGGGCUGGGGCCGCCACCAAGACGCAAACGGUUGCGCAUCUUUGCAGAUCUCGCUGAUAACCUGGCAAUGGAAGACUUCACCUUCCAGGAGCAGCUGCUGACCCCCCGGCUGGCCACAGCCGGCGUCGGAGGUGUCUACUCACCCACGGCUCCGCUCAGGAGGAGCUACCUGGUCCUGACGCUCCCUGUGACGCUCGCUCUGCUCCUGCUAUGUCUCCACUGACCUGUGCACUCACACUCUCCCAUCCCCUCUUUACCGUAGGAUUCAAUACAAACUCUGUGGAACAUGGAAAACUGUGGCUCAUCGAAAGGAAGCAUGAACUACAGAAAUUGGUACAUUUUUCUUUCCUUUUAACGCGUCUCAGAAAGAACUUGUUUUGUUUUAUUAAAAAUCACUCAACAAACGUAUUAAAGCACACCAGAUAACCCCUUGGCGUUGUGUAAAUAAGAAACCCAUCUUCUGGUCCACUCUCACUAUACCCUCUUUUUCACUGGUCAAAAAACCCACUAACACCCACUUACUUCUGGCUUUGUCUGCAAUGUGAAUGGAUAUAAUCAGCAUUCUAUCCUGGGUAUCCCGCAGUAGAUGCAGGUUUUCAUCAGCUCCGGCUCCGGCAGUGAUGGAAAUGUGACACCAGGCUGAACAUAUACUUGCUUACUCUGGUGUAAAAAGAGGUAUGUGGUAGUGACUAUAUUUGUCGCCUCUUGCCUCACCUCCUCUUUGCCCUCAUACUGACAUUUAUAGUUACAAUGUGGCAAAGACCCCCCAUCAUUAGUCAACUCUGACAUGGGGCCCGUAAGGGAAGCACUUCUUGGGAAAACAGACACUCAACUGUACUUGUUUCGCAGCCUGCAACAAGUUAUUGCCCAGCAGGAGCAUGUUGGAGGAAGAGGAAGAGCUUCUGCUACUUUCCUCUGUGGCAGUGAAGAAUCUCCUGCAGGGAACUGAGCUGGUUGCUUGUUUGACGUGAACUCCACAUCCCAGAAAGCCAAGGUGAAAGCUUCAGUUAAAGACGCCCUGUAACCUUCAAAUGCUCUUUUGAAUCUCCUUCCUCUCGCUCUCAUUCCUUGUGUCCCUGUGAUAUCUAUAUUAUUUCAGACUGAUCCCAGCAAUGCAAGUGUUUAUUUAUUUUUUUCACUGCUGCUGUUAAUGUUUGCUUUAUUUUCGUAACGCUGAUGAUUUUUUUUAACAGUAACAGCCCUAUAUGAGACUUAAAAACCUAUAAAAGACUCAAGGGCUAUCCACUGAGCGCCAGUCUACAAAUCAGCCUGAUAACUGUACAGAUGUAUGUUUCUCUGUGUUGGUGCCAUGUUUACAAAAAUAUGUUGAUUUAUAAUAUUGACAUAUUUCAUUUUAAGAACAUUUUGUUGGUGGACUAGAUUGUUGGCCGGACUGUGAAGCAUUUCUAGCUCAUUCUUUAGCACUGUCGGUGAAGAAAGGAGUGAUGUGAAAUGUAAAUAUGUAUAAACGUGUGUAAAUUGCAUUCUACUAAUGUUACCUUUCUAUUGAAUUAUUUGUUCUUCGAUGUUUUGUUUAAACCAGACGCCAGAUUCUUCUUUUUCCUUUUGUUUGUUGAUUUUAGUUUGUUGUGAAAAGUGGAUUCCAGCUCCCUGGUUGCUAAGACAUGUGAUGGAUGUGGGGAGAGAGGCUAAUUAAAAGCCGGCGCUGUAUGUGCUGCCGCCACCCAGCUGACUUCACAGCUGUACGUGUUGACUGUACUCACUCCAGACUAUUUGACUCAUGUCAGGAGAAGCACAGGUGUUAACUCAUGACAGCAACAAUGGCUCUGCUCCACAUGGGUGUGCCAGUGAAUCAUGUCAGGGGUCCAGCAGGCAGAGCACUAGGGUCCUGACAUCAGACAUAGCUGCCAGGAACAGAACCAGGAAUGGAGGAUGACAUGUUUUUCUUUUAUUUUCCAUGUUCUUUUUUUUCAGUUGAAUGUUGUUGGGGAAAGUACAAUGUAAAAUAAACUAAACAUGAUUUACUGUU